UAUGCCAUUAUUCAGUAUGCCAUUAUUCAGUAUGCCAUUAUUCAGUAUGCCAUUAUUCAGUAUGCCAUUAUUCAGUAUGCCAUUAUUCAGUAUGCCAUUAUUCAGUAUGCCAUUAUUCAGUAUGCCAUUAUUCAGUAUGCCAUUAUUCAGUAUGCCAUUAUUCAGUAUGCCAUUAUUCAGUAUGCCAUUAUUCAGUAUGCCAUUAUUCAGUAUGCCAUUAUUCAGUAUGCCAUUAUUCAGUAUGCCAUUAUUCAGUAUGCCAUUAUUCAGUAUGCCAUUAUUCAGUAUGCCAUUAUUCAGUAUGCCAUUAUUCAGUAUGCCAUUAUUCAGUAUGCCAUUAUUCAGUAUGCCAUUAUUCAGUAUGCCAUUAUUCAGUAUGCCAUUAUUCAGUAUGCCAUUAUUCAGUAUGCCAUUAUUCAGUAUGCCAUUAUUCAGUAUGCCAUUAUUCAGUAUGCCAUUAUUCAGUAUGCCAUUAUUCAGUAUGCCAUUAUUCAGUAUGCCAUUAUUCAGUAUGCCAUUAUUCAGUAUGCCAUUAUUCAGUAUGCCAUUAUUCAGUAUGCCAUUAUUCAGUAUGCCAUUAUUCAGUAUGCCAUUAUUCAGUAUGCCAUUAUUCAGUAUGCCAUUAUUCAGUAUGCCAUUAUUCAGUAUGCCAUUAUUCAGUAUGCCAUUAUUCAGUAUGCCAUUAUUCAGUAUGCCAUUAUUCAGUAUGCCAUUAUUCAGUAUGCCAUUAUUCAGUAUGCCAUUAUUCAGUAUGCCAUUAUUCAGUAUGCCAUUAUUCAGUAUGCCAUUAUUCAGUAUGCCAUUAUUCAGUAUGCCAUUAUUCAGUAUGCCAUUAUUCAGUAUGCCAUUAUUCAGUAUGCCAUUAUUCAGUAUGCCAUUAUUCAGUAUGCCAUUAUUCAGUAUGCCAUUAUUCAGUAUGCCAUUAUUCAGUAUGCCAUUAUUCAGUAUGCCAUUAUUCAGUAUGCCAUUAUUCAGUAUGCCAUUAUUCAGUAUGCCAUUAUUCAGUAUGCCAUUAUUCAGUAUGCCAUUAUUCAGUAUGCCAUUAUUCAGUAUGCCAUUAUUCACUGUUUGCCUUUGGGUUCUUACCGUGCUAACAGUGAUCCAGGAGAUCUGUGGUCCACCAUCGCGCAGUUUCCACCUGCGACCCAUGUACGCAGUACACUGCUUUUGUCACCGGCACUGACUGUCUACCAUGUUGUUGUUGUUGUUGUUGUUGUUUAG